GCUGAUGACGUCACGCUUUAAAUAUUCCCGUAGCUUCUUCACGCCGUCCUCGUCACCAUCACCACCCACCCAGCAGAUAGAUCCUGUGACGGGUCAGCCGUACGUGUGUAGCCUGGAAACGUUUCUGUUGUCUGGAAGGCGCCGCUGCUCUGGUCCGCUUUGCUGUGCAGAACCUGGAGGGAAGAAAAAGGCGUCUUCGGGAUUGAGUGCGCAAAAAGGGGGGAGGCGGAUAAGAGCUAAGUCGGGCGUGGUAGCGGAGAAAACUCAUCUUUGUGAGGAGAAACUUCAGAGCAGCAGCUACCAUGUCGCUGUCGGUCCCGCAGAACGGAGUGAAGGCGGAUAAUGAGCCCGUUAUCGAGCUGUUUGUGAAGGCAGGAAGUGAUGGCGAGAGCAUUGGGAACUGCCCCUUCUCCCAGAGACUCUUCAUGAUUCUGUGGCUGAAAGGAGUCGUCUUCAACGUCACUACUGUGGAUCUAAAGAGGAAGCCCGCAGACCUCCAGAACCUGGCCCCCGGCACGCACCCGCCCUUCAUCACCUUCAACAGCGAGGUCAAAACUGACGUCAACAAGAUCGAGGAGUUUCUCGAGGAUGUUCUCUCCCCGCCCAAGUACAUCAAGCUUGGUGCAAGACAUCCAGAGUCAAACACCGCUGGCAUGGACAUCUUUGCCAAGUUUUCUGCAUACAUCAAGAACUCCAAACCAGAUGGGAACGAGGCUCUAGAGCGCGGGCUGCUAAAGACCCUGCAGAAGCUGGACGAGUAUCUUCGCUCGCCGCUGCCCGAUGAGAUCGAUCACAACAGCAUAGAAGACGUCAAAGUUUCUAACCGCAAGUUCUUGGAUGGGGACGAAAUGACCCUGGCUGACUGUAACCUGCUGCCCAAACUGCAUAUAGUUAAG